AUGUCCUCCAAUCAAUAUCAGAUGAAGCUCGAGAGAGCAGAAGCCAUAAUCGGAUAUCAUCCGCAGAAACCCCAGGAAUAUUACCUUUGGGAAGCGCUCCAGGUGGCCGGCUCUGGUCACACCCGUAUCGUCGGACGUUCUGCAUACGACGGUAACAAGAGACUUGCUAUCGUUGGCGAUACCGCGAUGGCACUCGCACUUGCCAGGCCUUGGUACAAGAAAGACGAGACUCUAGGCGAUUGGGACUCUCAGCGACAGCGCUUGCUAUCCAACAACAACCUUGCAAGAGUCGCACGUGAAAGUGGCCUUGUCGACUGUAUGGUUGUCAACCCACGCAACCCUGUGCAGGCUUCUACCAAGCUUGCUGCUGCCCUCGUUGAGGCAAUUGUCGGCGCUGUCUGGAUUGACUCUGAUGAGAGCAUCGACGCUGUCAGACAAGUCAUGGAGACUCUU